AUGAAGGGCAGAUCCAUCAGUGAUAUCCAUGUGGAUAAACGAGAGGAUAAGCCAGAACAGAGAGUUAGUUCAGAUGGAAUGAUUUAUAAUAAGAAACGAAGUUCCGUGUUUGAUACUCACUUUGAUCCUUCCAUUAAAGAUAUAUCCUUUGAUUUCAAUUUUGAGACACCUGAAAUGAUGGAGAAAGAAGAAGAACACAUUCAAGUUCCUAAUUAUUUUAGCUUCUCCCAUGAUGAUACUCAGACAGAGUUUCAAACUAAAAGUAAAGAUUUGAGUUCAUCGGUGGACGUUUUACCAAUGUAUCUUCCACCAUCGAUACCUGAAGAUAAUCAAUCAUCCUAUAGUGAUAGUACAGUAAGUAAUAGAAGGGACGGCAAGAAGGGAGAUGUUAAAGAUAAGGAAGAAAUCAAGAAAAAUCAUAUAAGGAAUGGAUCUGAAUCAUCAACAACUUCAAACAAUUCAUCAUCAUCAACAUUAACCCCAUCAAGUGCUGUGAGUAAAGACAAAAGAUUUGUUAGAUAUGCUAUGUCUACACAAUCCAAGAAUGUAAGCACUCGUUGGAAUAUGGCUAAUGUCACUAAAUGGUUGGAACAUCAUAAGUUCAAUAAUUCGUGGAGGGAGACCUUCAGAAAGAAUGAAAUAUCAGGUAAUAGAUUCUUAGAAUUAGGGAAUUACGAUAUAGGUUCACUCACAUGGAAACAAUUAAGUAAAUUUUUGGUGUUAGAUAAUGAGCUUAAUUCUGUUGAAAGAUUUAUAGGGCUUUUGAAGCUUGAAAAUCAACCUGGUGAUGACGAUACUACUUUGACAGGCAUUGACGAAUUGAGUCCUUCAUACACCACCACCUUCAAACUAGACCAAAGAAAAUCCAAUCCUGCAUUUGUAAGGCAUAAACCAAGUAAUUCAAAUACGUCUACAUCCUCAAGUUCAUCGUCGACAUCAAAAUCUCGUCCUUUUUCAUAUGUUGAAGGAUCUAAAGUUCCUCCUUCUAAAGAAGGUAAUUUUUUCAGAAAACAUCUUCGUCAUGGAUCUGGAGAUAGUUCUACGCUUUUGAGAGAACAACUUAAACCCAAACCUGAACUAAGAGUUAAAUCUUAUUAUCCUGGAAUGAGUUUGAGCCCUGACGAUGCAGCUCCCCAAAAUAGGAAAUCAGGAAUUUUCAGUACUUUCAGGAAGUAUGGUACCGACAAGGCUGCUGGAAUAGUGAAACAGGUACAGGCAUCCACAUCAAAGAGUAAUCGAUCGAGUAAAAUUGAAUCUCCCAUCAGUCCAAAUGCUGAAUCUUUCACAUCAAAGAAUUUUGAUAGUUACUCUGGAAGUGAACCUCAAUAUAUCAACAUGAACCAAACCAUUCAACCUUCAGUUGCCACGUAUGAUAACCAUCUGAUGGAAUCCAAGGAAAAGGAUUUCCCUGAUGAAUACCUUCCCAUUCCUUUGAAAGAAGUCGAAUCCCUGAUUAUGGUCACUAAAGAUAAUAAGAAUUUCUCAGUGGUCAAAUUCAGUAAACAUGAAGCUAUCCAUAAUAUUAAAGCCAUGAUUAUCAAGGAUUUACAGAUGAUAGAGAUCGGUACCAUCACAUUCCAUUUAACAGAGAUCAAUCAUGAAGAAGGUGAAUCUUUGAAUGAUAGAUUCUUGCAAAAAGCUAUCGAAUUAUCAAUGGGAAAGAUUUUGGUCAAACAAGAACUUUCCUCUCCAGGAACAAAUACUUAUUCCACCAAUUCCUCUGACUCCAAGAGUUUCGAAAUGAAAGGUGAAAGUAUGUACCCAGCAACACCUCAAUAUCUUUUACAAAGCAACCAAGAUAAGGUUGAUUACUUGACUUUUAAAGAUUCAUCGAAUUUAGGCAAGAUCCUGGAAAAUUCGAAAUUGCCUUAUAUCCCACCAUCCAAUGAUAACAAGUUCCCAUUCAAGUUAUCGCUACCUAAUCAGAAACCAGAGAAAGGUUUGCCUGCCCUUCAAAUUAAUACUAAUCCUAUUGAGGAUUCAAACGGGGGUUCUUUCAAGGUUCUUCGUCGUAGAGGUAGAGAGAUUGAUUUUGACCAACGUAGAAAAUCACCCUUUGAAACCAAAGCUCCUAAGAUGAUUCCGAACAUUUAUUCAUCGUCAGCAGCUGAGAUGGACUCACCAAUCAGUUCCACCACUUUGAACCCCUUGAAAGAUCACGCUGAAAGACUGGACAGUUUUGUGGCCAAGAGAAAUGCUCCACCACCACCUUUAAAUAAGAAAUCCAGUUUACAUCGUACAGGAUCGAUAUUGAGGGGAUCUUCUGUAACUUCCAAAUCUAGUAAGAUAGAUCCAUUCAAAGAGAAUGAUAUAAAAUUCGAACCUUUCAAUGAUGAUAACGAUUUUGAUGCUGGUUCUGAAGAUGAUUUCUUUGUCAAACCCAUCAAGAAAGAACAACAACCAGAUGAUGACGAUGAAGAUGAAGACUUUUUCAUGAAACCAAUGAAACAAGACACUAGUACUGCCUCAGGAUUGACUGUUAGACCCCCUGUAGAAGAACUUUAUGAUAAUUUGGAGAAAUUUUUCCCUAAUACCAAUUUGGACAAACCAAUUAUCGACGAUUCUCCAGUAUCUCCAAGUAACAUAACCCAUAAUAUUUCUGAAAUCCUGAAAUCCAACAGUAGUAGUAGCAGUCAUAUUCCACCAAGGGUUCCAAGUAUUUCCAGAACAUUCUCCAGUGCCAACAUAUCACCUUUGAAUCCAACGACUGAUGAUGAUGUAUUUUAUGGCGAUUCAGAGCUGAAACUUCUUCGUAGAAUGAAAACCAUCAGAGUGGUGGCCAACGAAGCCCGUAGAAAGAUCAUGGAGAAAUCUGAUGUAGUCUCCAGACCGAAGUUUGGAAGUUUGAUUCGUUCCAACACUAAAAUGUGGGGUCAAAAAGUGGUAGAAGUUACUAGUAGAGAAAUAGAGAAGGGAAUUGUAAGUAAACUUCGUAAAGGGAAGUACGAAGAAUUUGCUUGGAUUAAGGGUGAAUUGAUAGGAAGGGGAUCAUUUGGAUCAGUUUAUAUAGCGUUGAACGUUACUACUGGUGAAAUGAUUGCGGUGAAACAAGUCAUAGUUCCUUCAACAUUCUCGGCUCAAGCCAAGUCUAAAACUUAUGAAGGUUUAGAUGCCUUACAUAAAGAAGUUGAAACCAUGAAGGAUCUUGAUCAUAUUAAUAUUGUACAAUACCUUGGUUUCGAACAGAAAAACGAUACUUAUUCAUUGUUUUUAGAGUAUGUUGGAGGAGGAUCUAUCUCAGCUUGUCUUAAGAGUUACGGAUCUUUUGAAGAAUCUCUUGUUAAGUAUAUUAUUAAGCAAGUGUUGGAAGGUUUACAAUAUCUUCAUUCCAAUGGGAUCUUACAUCGUGAUUUGAAAGCUGAUAACUUAUUGUUGGAUAUCGAUGGGACGUGUAAGAUUUCCGAUUUUGGUAUAUCUAAGCGAUCAACUGAUAUCUAUGUCAAUAAUGCAGAAAUGUCAAUGCAAGGAACAGUGUUUUGGAUGGCCCCCGAAGUCAUUGAUAGUAUAGUUGAAGAUAAGAAACAGGGAUACAGUGCCAAGAUUGAUAUUUGGUCCUUGGGGUGUGUUGUCUUGGAAAUGUUUGCUGGUAAUAGACCUUGGUCUAAUGAAGCUGUUAUCAGUGCUAUUUAUAAAAUUGGUAAAACCAAAUUAGCUCCACCAAUACCAGAAGGUAUCAAACAUUUGAUCAGUGCUGAAGCUAAAGAUUUCAUAAAUCAAUGUUUUGUCAUCAACCCAGAACAAAGACCUACAGCUAAAGAAUUAUUGAAACAUGAUUUCUUGAAACAAGAAGAUUUUGAUUUCAGUAGUACUAAGAUCUCUCAAUUGAUCAAGUAUAAUAGUAAGAAGAAGGUGGCAUAA